AUCUGAACACUAGUCCGCAGUGGACAUAAGAAGCCCUCCACACAACGCAACUUUCUCCCAGACACUUCGUUUCACUUCAUUGGCUCUCAAAGGAACUCAAAAUGAGCGGUAUGCUUGUGCAGAAUAUGUCCUUCAAGUCGGGACAGACUCUGACUCUUACAGGAGUCCCCAAUGCUGAUUCCACAAAUUUUGCCAUUAACAUUGGUCACAGCGCCGAGGACGUCGCACUACACGUGAACCCUCGUUUUGAUGCCCAUGGUGACCAGCACACUGUAGUGUGCAAUUCAUUCCAGGGCGGCAACUGGUGUGAGGAGCACAGAGGGGCCAGCUUUCCAUUUAAUCAGAACGAGGAGUUCCAGAUAAAAAUCACUUUCACCAAUGAGGAGUUCCUGGUGACUCUUCAUGAUGGUUCUCAGAUUAACUUUCCUAACCGUCAAGGUGCUGAGAAGUACAAAUAUAUGCACUUUGAAGGCGAGGUCAGGAUCCUUGGGAUUGAAAUCAAGUAGACUAAUCAACACUUAAAUAAGGAUACUGUUGUAUCCUGAAUGCUGAAUGAUUCUCUGCCUUAUUUUGUCACUUUUCCAGCUCUGUUAUUCCACAAUUUUCACUUAUUCAGUAUGGAGUAUUUCAAUCACACUUGUAUGCCAAAUCAGCGUUUUAAUUUUGUGUGGCACUGGCUAUCUAAACCACUAGAGGGAGCUAAACUACAAUAAAUUGCCAUGAGCUUUAGCAGUGCACGUAAACCAUUCUGAGAGAUUUCCAUCUAGUUUAUUUUUCCUACUGCUUUUCUACAAUGAAACAUCAUGUUCUUAAAUCUGGUUUGUAACUAAAGCAAAUUCACAAGCU